UGUUGUGACAUUUCGAAAGCUUUUAGUUGUUGUUAAUUUUCUUUUAAAAUAAUUUAUUUCUACUUAAUUCAAAAUAAAAGUGCAAAAGAAAAUGAAGGUGCAGAUACUGUAUUAAUGUGGACGCCAUAACGCAUCAAUUGUAUUCGUUAAUAUACAAUAUGAAAAUCAGAUCAAACCAGUUCGCUUCUUCAGAGACACUUGCUUUGUAUUUUGAAGUGAUGUCUUUGUAAGAAUCCGAGCAAAAGUUUAACAAGGACAAUUGAAAAUUCGUUGUGACGACAAUAAGAGCUAAAAGUAGGUACAUAUAAAAAAAAUCAGAGAUUCAUAUUAGAAUCGACAUGGGAAUAAAGUGCCAAAUAAAUUUGUCCAAACUAUCAGAUGGUAUAUAUUCAGCUAGCGGUACUGUAUCUGGGAUCAUCCAGUAUACAGUCGAUGAAGUAACCGUUUUUGAUAAGAUAACCGUCUCUCUAAAAGGACACGGAACUUUAAUUGUGCACGAUCAGAGAGAUAACGCUAGUUACGAUAACUACUCAUUCACACGCAGGGAAACUUACAUUGAUGAAGAUAUUGUUACUAAAAACGAAAAGAAAACUCCACAUGAAAUUGGCACACAUGAAAAGAAAUUUCAUUUUAAACUUCCUGAUAAAUUACCUUCUUCUUUGUGUUAUUAUGGCACUAACACAAGAUUCAGAGUGAGAUGCAAUAUUAUAUACUACGUAAGAAUCAAGUUUGAAAAACCAGGGUUUUUACAGUUUGCCAAGCGAUUCAAAAGAGAGUUGACGGUGAAAUCCCAAAUAAAACCGACCCUGUUAACUCAGCCAGUUAUAUACGGGGAGCAAAAGAAAAUUUUCCAAUUAAUUCCAAGCAAAAACAGCAUUGUCAAUAUUAAAGCUAAUAUUAAGAAAUCUGUAGUAUCACCAGGUGGAACUAUCGACCUUGAAUAUGACGUGCGCAAUGAUACUACAAAUGUUACUGUAAAAGGAGUUGAAACAAAAUUAACAGAAAUUUACACAUUUACAACUUCGUGUGGAAGGGAAAUUAAGAUACAUCGCGCUGUGGACAGUACGGAGACGAAGACUGGCUCAAUAAAAAGCGAAGAAGAGAAACAUUUUGAUCUCAAUAUCAAUGUGCCUAUAGACAAAUUUUCACUGGGUCAUUCAAAUAUUGUGACCAGGAAUUACUUAGUCCAAAUAAUUGCUGAAUUACCUUUUCCCCAUACGAAUGUUGUACUUGAAAUACCUGUAGAAAUAUGUGAUGUCAUUCAAGAAACUGAGGUAGGUAUAGAUACUGUACAAGAAAUAGGUCUAAAUGCCAAUCAGGCAAGUCAAGGACCUUCAAGUCAUAAUCCUCCUCCCUCUUAUUGGGCUGCGAUGGGGGAAGAGUUGAAAACUGAAGAUUUAAAUAGCGAUACUAUAGUAUGAAAACACAACUCAUACUUCUAUUGACGAUAUUCUUUCCAUAAUUCUACCUGUAUUGUGCCUUGGAUAAGAUAGAUCUCCCGUUAACACUAUGAACAUAACAUUUUAUACUAGUUAGACGUUUUGUCAACUUGGUAUCAUUUUCACAUGUUUCGUUGUCUUUAUUUUGUCAUAUAAUGUAAUCAUUUUUAUUUAUUACAUUGUAAAUAUUGAUAACGUGUUUCUAAAUGCAGAAGAUAACGGAUAGUUAUGUUCUUUUCGUUUUUAUUAACAAACUUUUUCUCAAAUCGCGAGGUUUCUAUUACAAUUUUUAUGAUUUAAUAUCUAAAGAGGAAAUAACGGAACCCUUAAAAAAUCACUUGUGCAUCUGUCUAUCCCACCUACAUAGCAACUUUACUCUGAAACUACUCAACGAAUUUGAAAUUUAAUAAUCUAUGAACCAGACUGUUUAUAAUCUGAGAGCCUCGAGGCAGUACCCUUUCAAUAGUUACGUUAUAAGAUAUAUUUAGCGAAACGUUUUUUUUUUUCGUUUUUUUAUUUAAAUUCUCGUUGAGUUUAACAGAGAGAAAAAGCAACGACGGAAGUACAAAAUGUAAAUGAAAAAAGUAGACUGCUGACAGAAAUAAAAAAAUAGAAGGAGAAGAAUGAUUGAAACGACACGACACGACUUAUUUAAAACUAUUUUUGAAGAAAAGGUGAAAGGAAAUACAUUUCCUGGGAGACCGAGGAAGAACACGCAAGCCAACUGAAAGAGAAGGCAGGCGUCGUGUCGUAUCGAGACCUUAAAAGCAAAGCCGAGGAUAGAGAGGCGUGGCGUAUACUCCACCGACAAGAGCACAGCUCUUAAAGGGCACUGUGUGUGUAUGUAUAUGCAAUUGCAUAGCUUUUAAAUUUGAACAAUAGAACUAAAGACAAAUAUCUGUGAUUACAUGUUUACUUAAAUG